AUGACGGAGCAAGAUCGCAUUGCCAACGCUAACGGAGCUGCUUCAUGUAGCGCCGCUCCCACUUCCGUGCGAGCCUUCGAAGGUUUUUUCGCUCCGAAAACAGCUGCCAACAGUGCGGAGGCUGUGUCGCUCUUCAAGCGCUUUCAGCUCGAACCUCCGUCUUGGGACGAGUUCCAACGGAAAAUCGCCCAACUGGAGAAACCUGAGGCAGACACUACGAAUGUCCCAAGACAAGUCAAGGUUGUGUAUUUAGUGCGCCACGCCGAGGGCAUCCACAACGCUACGGCCAACGAAGUCGGCCCCGAACUGUGGGAAUCUGAGCUUGCGUUCCAGGAGAAAUAUUUGGACGCAGACCUCACACCGUUUGGCAUCAAUGACGCACAGAGCAAAGGGCCGGGUAGUGUAAAGGCAGAGCUGGAAAAAGGCAUGCCUCCCAUUGAGCGGGUGAUUGUGUCGCCGCUCUCUCGAGCCAUUCAGACUGCUAAGAACUUCUUUGCGAAAGACCAGGUACCGGAUACGCCGUUCGUCUGCAUUGAGAGUUGCCGCGAAAUUCUUGGCUGUCACACAUGCGAUAAAAGGCGUUCGGUCUCAGAGCUGAAGCUCAAGUUUCCGGACGUGGACUUUUCAGCCAUCAAGGACGACAACGACCAGCGACGCAUCGCGAGACGGACGCGGAGAUGCAGGCUCGAGCAAAGGAAUUUUUACUAG